CAUUUCAUACUGGACAUUGUUUACAUCUGAACGUGUUGAGAAGAAACUGCGAAGGGGAGUUUUGUCUGUAUUGAAUAUUUCAAGUGCACGUUGUCCUUGUCUUGCUAGGGUUUCAUGUGGAAUUCCACCCAGAAUAAGUAGCCUAUGCGUGUGUUUGGUCAUUUCACGCUAGAAUUUUCUAAUGAUUUCUGUACCGCCUUUAAAGUUGUGUAGAAGGCGACCAUUUUCGGGAUGAAUUCCUCUUUCAGCGUCGAGGAUGAUGCAAGUAGCUCUUUCGAGGAGGAUUUUGUGGAGGGUUUUGACGAGAAAGCUGAUAACUCGAAUAAUGUAGUGUUAGUUUUAUCGGAUGACGAGGUCGAUUUUGACAAUUGCCGGGAGGGGAGGGCACCAGGGGAACAGUUUGUCCCAGUUGUUGUAGGAAGCGUCCCGCUCUAUGUGGCAGAAGGUGACGAUGGGAAACCUGUUUACAUUCGACAGAUGCCUCAUGAACCCCCUGACCAUAAGAUCACUUCUAAUAACAAUUCUGAUGACGAUGACAAUAGUUUUGGAGGCUUUUCUGAUAACAGCGAGAGCACAUUCGAGGGGUUCGGCCCCGUUAUGUUCGAAGGGUUCACAGACGAGGACAGUGAUGAUGACUCUCAGUUCGAUGGGUUUUCUGAAGGGAGCGCGGAGGCUGUCGAGGGAAAGCAGAAGAUUGAGUAUAUUAGGAAUUGGCAGAAAACGAGUAAAUGCUACGAUGACUUAGAUGUGUACAUGGAGAAUUCCAAUGAUAGCAUGCCAGAUCUCAGUAGGAUGGGAAGGCCCAGCACCUCCAAGGGAUCUAGGCCUUUGCCUGGUUCCAAAGAGAGGAAAAAUGUUAGUAAGUUGUCAAGGGGCUCACAUUCUAAAAGAAACAAAAACUUUUCCCUCCAAGAUAAGUCCUGUGUAGAUGGCAAACAAAAUAAAGCUGUUUUAGACUUAGGUAUGCAUAGUAACAGUUCUCCUUCUGCAAUAGUCUAUGAAGGUAAAGGGAAACAACAGUGUCUUGUCAUAGCACCACAGUUAAGAUCUAAAGAUAUUCAGUCUCAAAAUGAGAAAGAUGCUUCUAGGUUUAGGGGUGGUAGAGAGAAAACUGACCGUACGUAUGUUGCACCAAACGUAGAUGUAAAAGAAGAGAUUGAAGUCAGAGAAGAAGCAAAUCAUCUUUAUGAAGAUGAAGAUUUGAUAGGACCAUAUUGUAGUAAUGUAGGUUGCACAAUAAGUUGGUUGGAGAGUAUGACUACCAAAAAAGUUCCUGUAGUUAAUGGUAUAGUGUACGAACUUUCUGAGUUUGCCAAAAAGAUUAAUUGGGAACAAUCUGAUGUAGCAAAGUGGAUAUUGCGUCUUCAUGGUAUCUUGGAUGUUGAGCCCACGGAGGCAGAUGUAAGUAUGAUUCGUUCAGUAAUGAAACGCCGGAAAGCUUUGAUGGUCACUCUAGCAGGAAAUAAGAGAGGUCAUCUUAAACUCCAAGAAUUUGAUGCUAUUGAAUUCAUUCUUCCUGCAUUUAAAAAGGGGUUGGAUGAAGCUGGAAGAGCUCCAUGGAAUGUCAGGGAACAUGGCAACAAAAGGAAGGGGAGAAGUAGUAUUGACGUAGGAUGUCCUUUACCCAGUAAGAGGAAUAGAAGUAGUUCAGUGGAUGUCUUGAGUUCUCGACAUGGCAAGGUUAGUAAGGAAAAGGAGGGAGUGUCGGUCACAUCUCGUGUACAUUCAAGAAAGUCCAAGAGGGGACGCAGACGUAGUCAUCUAGAUACUAGACCAGUGGAUUUCACCAAUAAUGCAUUGAAAAAGUUAAAGAAAUCUGAUAGUAGAGUGUCAUUUCAGUAUCGAGAAAAUUCUGUAUAUCCACAUUUCACAGAAACAGAUGAAUGUCUUGGAAAGCAUUCUAAGAAAGCCAACUUAACGAUUAAUGAUCUAAAUUCUUGUGAUGAGAAAGACAUACAUGUAACAAAUGGAUUAGUUAUUGAACUCUAUCGUUUUUAUCGUGAUCGAGGUUGUACUGUAACUUCUUUGGCACAGAGGUUAUUACAACUAAAGAAUUUGAAUUCUUUAAAUCUGGUAAGUUUGGUUGUUAAAAUUACAAAAUUGGCUCAAAAAUCACAUCAUCCUGCUGCAUUUAUAGAGGAAGAGUUCCUGUUUCCUCGCCCAAAAAGUGAGGAGCAGUCAAAAAGAAGAUUUCGAGGUGGUCUGUCAAAGAGUAAAGCCAAGCAGGGGUUACCUGAUCAUCCAAGUGAGGAGCAAAGAAAUCAGCUGUCUUCUGUUGAAAGUAUGAGCAAAAAUAUUUCGGAUGAAACACUAGUUGUGAAAUCUGAUAGUGAUGUACUCAAAGAUGAUGAUAGUGGAAAUAUUAAGCAUGAUAAAGAGAUGGAUACACCUGUUGUUCAAAUGAAACCAAAAAUUGAUGUUGAAGAAAAGGCUGUAGAGGAGGUGGUAAUGGAGAAAAAGGUUGUUAAAGUAGAUUCACCAAAGAAGGGUGGAAGUUUCUUAGUUUCAAGGAAGCCAGAUUUAGAUGCAAAUCAAGAAAAUGCUGGGGAUACUAAUGAAUUGCACCCUGAAAUGGAACUAGUUCAAGAAAAUGGGAAAGAGCUAAAGCUUGCAACUGAUGAAGCAAGGGAACUUGAAUUGCAGAACAGUACAUCAGGAACAUCAGGUCAAGAUGUCAAGUGUAGUGUGACAAAUCUCAUUAUAAAUCCAAAUAAAACUAAUGAAGAUGAAUGCCACAAGGAGGAGGCAGUGUUUGAAAAUAAAAAUAAAGCAAGCUUGGAAGAUGUAGAAAGAGCAGAGGACAUUUUAGGGGAGAAAGGACCCGACCUCCAGAUCAAGGCAGAAAGCUUGAAUGAGGGAAACAGAGCUGUGGGCGUUGGAGAGGAGGUUACUGAUAUUGUGAAACAGGAGCAUUCUGGGAAUGAUUAUGAUCAGACAAAUGUUCAAGAUGAUGACUGUCAGAGCCAGGGUAGUUGUAGUCAUAGUGACAAUUAUUUAAGUGAUGAAAAUGAUUCCAGCACUUCCGAAGUUGCUGGAAGUUCCAGAGAAAUUCUGUCUGAAAGAGAAGAGAGUGAAAAUAAGCUGAGUCUAAAUAAGGAAAGCCAAAAUUGUCAGGAAAUGAUGGGUGUUCACAAUGAUAAAAUGGUCAAUGAAACCUUCAAUGAAGAUGUGGAAGAUAAAAUAAUUGAAGAGAAUAAAUGCAAAUCUGAAGAACAUGGUGUAGAUAUAGUUGUUAAAAGUGAACAGGGAUGGAAUGAGAGUGUUUUUUCAAAUACUGUUCAAGACUUUGAGUUACCUUAUUCUGAAAGGAGUAUUAACUACAGUAAUAGUCAGUUGGAUAGUUCAAGCAAUAGAGCUUCAAAGGAAAAGGAUUCUGCCAAGGUGAAACAUUUGGAAGGAAAACCAAGUGAAGUUCGGAGAAGUGAAAGGGAGCGAACGCUUAGUGCUCGUGUAAAGGAGUAUCAUAGUGUUUCUGAAUUCUAUAAUGAACCUAUACCCCAGGUUUCUCCUAAGAAGUUGAAAUUUAGUAAACCUUAUGAAAAAUUACAAGAUAAUUAUAAGCACCCUACUGCAAGUUUUUCUGGUAAAUCUCAGAAGCGUAUAACAAAUGGUAUGGCCUUGGAAUUCUUAGCAAGGCAGGACCCUAGAGUAUCUUUUAGUAUUUGUGAUGGGCGUAUUACUCCACACUUCAAUGAUGUUAGUUACUAUUUAGGAGAGCAUUGUGAGGCUGCCGGACUGACUGUUGAAGAUUUAAAUUCCCAAGAACCCAAAGAUAUUUAUCUCACCAGAGGGGCAGUUGUGGAACUGAUCAAGUUUUACAGAUUAAUGGGCUGUACUAUGACCUCACUGGCAGAUCGAUUGCUACGUUUAAAAAUGAUAUAUCUUGACAGUAUUUUGAAUCUGGUUGCUAGGUUUCAGCCGUUGAUGAAGCAAGAGGGAAAUUUUUCCAGGAUGCAAGAAGAGUUUGUUUUCCCACCGGGUCAGCACAAUGUUUUGAAGAGAACACCAAACAGAAAGAAUCCCAAAACCAAGAAUAAGACUGAUUCAUUAAAGAAAGGCAAGAAGGAGAAGGCACCCACUUAUACUUGUGAGGUCAUUUUCAAACCAAAGAAAAAGAAAAAGAAAAAAAGAGAAACUGACGCCACUUCUGAAAAUGUGGUAAAUGUAAAGAAACUCGGUGAUUUUAAGAAGAAAAAGCAAGUCUCUGAAGUAGAUGUUAGUAAAGUGCAUGGUCAGGUGGUUGUAGAUAAAGAGGUUGAAAAAGCAAGAGGCAAGGAAGGCUCUGUCACACGUGCAGAUAUUGUCUUAUUAUAUGCUAAUUGGUUGAACAAUAAACAUAAGACAGGGAAUAAUGUAUUUGUCACGGAUCUUCUGCAAGAUGUCAUGAAACUAAUGGAAGAAAGGAAGGUGCAAACAAUACGCAUUCCAGCUGGGACUUUGAUGUCGUCUUCUGUUAAACUGUACGAGGAAUAUAGGCAAAUGUGGAAUACAAACAAAGCUGAUGCCAUGAUGUACUUAGAGGAUGACUGGCUGGAAGAUAUUCAGUAUCUUGUCUCUAUUACUCAGACAUCACGAAGAAAUACAAUGGAAAUGAGUGAGGGAGAUGGAAGUGUUACAGAUGAUAAUAGACCCACAGCAACAAGGAAUUUUGAAGAUGGGGAAAGAGAGUUUUCAGAUUCCUCCAGUGAAAGAAGCUUAAGGAUUGAUGAGUCAUAUGUUUCUUCUGAUGAAGAUCUAAGGGACUUUGAAAAUCAAGAAAAAACAAAGAAAAUAAGACAACAGCAGAAUGCCAAACAUGGGACCUCAAUAAAAAUGCUUAUUAAUAAAAGUAAAUUGAAAAAAAAAUCUUCGCCUCACAGUCAGGUCGUUGCAUCCUCUAGUUCUGAACUUCAGGAAAAAUGUAAAUGGAGUAAGAGACAUGAAAUUGAGGAAAUAAUUGACUAUAGAUGCACUGUGGAUGAAAAUUCAAAGAAACAGGUUUCAUAUCUUGUGCGUCGUAAAGGCUCUGCAUCCCAGAAAGCAACUUGGGUUGAUGAAAAUCAAUUGCGAUGUCCUACAAACUUGAAGGGAUGGUUGAAGGAAGGUAAAUUUUUUAGAAACCCACAGGAUAAGCUAAUUUGGCAGCAGCCAACAUUUCAGCAAACAGUUGGCUUUCCAAUAAAGUUAAACACAUGUGAAGGUUUAAGAGUUGCAGAUUAUGCUAGUGUUUCAAAGGCAGGUAAUGCAUUUCAUGAUGAAGUAAAUGAUAAGGAAAACUCACCCCAUAACCUUUUUAAUAUAAAGUAUAAUACUGACAAGGGUUACAUGACCAAUGGUGAGUUGUUACACAUGUAUGAUUGCUGGAGACAGGAUAAUGCACAAAUUUCAUCCACUAAAGAUUUAAUUGAUAUUCAUACUUUCACAGAGAAAGUUGAGGAAACAAUGCAAAAUUAUGGUAUAAAAACAAAUUACUCUGAAUAUUUGCUGCAAGCUUGCUUCACUUUAACUCUUGUCUGUAGAAUGCUUAGCUCUAAGGAGGCUUUAAGGGAAUUUCUGGAUAAAGAUUGUUUGCCUGCUCUAGAAUCCAGUAAAGCAAACCAAGAAAGUAAUAAGAAAAUUAGUGGUAUAUCAAAAAUUGGAGGUUUGUCAGACAGUAUUCUGAAUAUUAAGUCUCUUUUUAGAGAAAUGAAAGGUAAAAGAUCAGCAAAUCAAGCGAGAGUUCAUAUAAUUGAGGAUGAAGUGGAAAAGUUGGAAAGAUCGUUAGACAUAUCUCUAGGCCAACCUGAGUUACUGAGUGGAGCUUUGCAUCAGGAAAUUAAUAGGUUAACUAAGAAACUGACCAAACUCAAUCAGGAAGAAGAUAUUCCCAUAGCCAAAGAAUUUCAGUCAGAGAACCCAGAGAAAUAUGAAAAGGCUUGCCAAGAUAUACUAGAGUGUGGUGUACCUGAAAGAAAUAUAGAAUCUAUAAUGAACUCUGUCUUACAAGUUAUUGACAGGUUUUCUGUGGAUGCUAAAAAAGCCAGUGACAAAUAAAAGUU